UUCAAAAUUGAUUUUAAAUAUGUUCUAUUGAAUUUUAAAUUAUAAAUAGAAUAUUUAAAUAGAUUCAAAAAUGGAUAGAUGCUUUUUAAAUUCUGGUAAUGUAUCCAUUUCUUCAGUGGGUUAUCCAGUUAUUCAUCCGACCAAAGAGAAUUUUUCAUAUGAAACAUGGAAUUGUUAUAAAAUGAAUGUUCUGUGCCAAGAUAAUGACGAAGAGACACGGAAGAAAACUCUGCAAUCAUUAUGUGAUCUAUUAUAUGAUCCUCGAAAUGCUUAUCAAUAUCUUAGAAGAGGGCUUCGGGAGAAUUUAGAAAGUACGUGGACAGAUUCGGAUGAAUUUAUAUGUACAAAAGGGGCAGAAAUUCUUAGCAUAAUUACAGUUACACCAGCGGGAAGGAAAGCAUUUUUAGCUUUUGAUUUAAUUGAAGGAGCCAUACUAUUAUUAGAUAAUGUGUUGCAAAACGUUAGAAAACACGCAUAUACAACACUUAGAAAUUUAUCAUGUAAUCCAGAAGGUUCAGCAGCUAUCGUUUAUCAUGAUUUAAUCACCAUUCUGAUAAAGAAACUGAAAGAAGAAAAUGAUGAAAACAAAGAAAUUAUUCUCGAAAUUAUUCACGAAUGUUUGAAAAUCAACGCUCUUAAAACCGAAAAAGUACUGAAUGCCGGAGCUAUAGCCAUUAUAAUGGAACUAUUUGAAAGUGAUUCUAUUGUAAUAAAGCGAAAGGCAGCUAUCGUCAUGGCGGAUUUAUGCACGAUCGAACUCGGUAAAACUAUCGCGUGUGAACAGGCAUUAGAUGCUGUUAUAAAUCAUCUAAAAGAAACCACGGAUUCUGAAUUCAGAACGGAACUAUGUUACUUAUUAGUGAUGAUAACGGUAAUAAUUAAAGGAAAGUUUAAAGCUGUAGAAGGUAACGCUCUUCCACUUCUCUUAUCUAUACUAGAAGAUUCUAGUGUAGAAACACGCAAAAAUUGUCUAAAGGCAAUUACUAUGUUAGCAGAAGUUCCAACAGGAAGAGAAUUCUUCUUGAAAAAUAUCAAAGAGAUACGCCAUUUGCUGUCUGAUCCGGAUAAAGAAAUCAGAGAAAUCGCUGAAGUUGCGUACGAAGUCAUAAUUUGGAAGCCGAAUUGAAAUGAUAUUACCAAAAUGGCGGAGUACACCUUACGUCAAUUUGUCGUCAUUUACGAUUAUGGUUAAAUAUAAUGACGUCAAAUUGACGUAAAGUGAUCAUAUUUUUAUUAAUUAAUUUAUUACUUUUUUAAUAAAAAAAAUAAAAUCAAUGUCUUUUUUUUUAAAUUUAAAAUAAAAUU